GCACGCUCGCUCGCUCGCGGGCCGGCGCCGGCUUUGGGCUGGGACUCCGGGCGGCGGGGCGCGCAGCCGGGACACCGUGGCGAGGAGGACCGGGCGGGGGGCGGCGGCCGGCCCCCUUCGGCCCCCCGCGGGCGCGCCAGGCGCACACAUCUUGACUGACUCAACAGCAAAGUGGAUUUUCUUUGUGAUUAAAGAAGCAAACAAUGUCCCCGUGUCUGUAGAGAUGAUUUGCUGUUCAGCCCGGCUGAAGCUGACCGAAUGAGACUAUGGGCUGUGCCUCCGCCAAGCAUGUUGCCACUGUUCAAAAUGAAGAGGAAGCCCAGAAAGGCAAGAGCUACCAGAAUGGAGAUGUGUUUGGCGAUGAGUAUAGAAUCAAACCAGUGGAAGAGGUCAAAUACAUGAAAAAUGGGGCCGAAGAGGAGCAGAAAAUAGCAGCAAGGAACCAAGAAAACUUGGAAAAAAAUGCCAGCUCAAAUGUAAGACUUAAAACUAAUAAAGAGAUUCCUGGAUUAGUUCAUCAAUCCAGAGCAAACAUGCACAUCUCUGAAAGCCAACAAGAAUUCUUCAGAAUGCUGGAUGAAAAAAUCGAGAAGGGUCGGGAUUACUGUUCGGAAGAAGAGGAUAUCACAUAGCACCAAUUCUAUCACACAGACCAGGAGCUACUACUGUGUAAAUAGGUUACACCCCAGUUGAAAUCUUUGCAAAGGUCGGUUCUCUUCGACGAACAGCACUAUAGCAAAAGAAGAUCGUUUCAUAUCGUAUGCCCCAUUAAAUUACAGUGUUUCUUAAUGAACUUGCAAAGGAAUAUUGCUAAAACAAACAAAAACUGUUAUUGAACUUUCUUUGUUGCUGCUAGUUAAAACUUGUUGCAACUUUUCACUUCUCUUGUGUCCAGGUAUGCAGCAAAAUUCUGCAAUUUCACCUUAAAGAUACUAUUGGUUUUACAGAUGCUCUUCAACCUAUUUUCUAUAAGAUGAAGUAGUGGUGAACUCAGAUAUCAAACUUCUAGACCAGUUCUGCUUCUAAGUCAAGCAUUUCUUUCCCUCUCCCUUUCUUCCAUAUCUCUCCCGAGCCAUCCAGAUACAGCCUGGGCCCCUUGCUUGACGCUGGCAAUGUUGAGCUUUGGAAAUGAGGUGGUUGCUUUGGCCAGCCUUGUUUCUCUGCUCUGAAGAAGUAGAGGAGCUAUAACCAAUUAAACACAUGGUGUGACCUGACUCCUGAAAGUGACGUAGGUGCGGGCAGCAGGUUGUUCCAUCUAAUAGGUACCUUCAUUGAGAAUUAAGCUUGCAACAUUGGCUUUGCUCAGAUGCAGAUGGAAGUGUGAUGCAGUCAUUUUGAAUCCCUCUUCCUCACUUUUUUUUCUAAGAAAUAAACAUUUUACUGUUUUUAUGUAUCUUUGUCUUCUCCCAUUCAUCCAGCUCGAUGUUUUAAGGUGAUCUUGGAUGUGGAAGUUGAGCCUUCCUUUGCAGUGACACUGACAGGUGGCCUAAGUGGCUCCCUGCCCUUCCCCUUAAAAAUCCACCAAGGCUCAGAAGGGCUGUGAAUGGUCAGAAGAGAUGAGGGGACACCCCAUGACCUUUGAAGAGGAACAGAAGCCACGAUGUUAUCUUUCAUUUUGUUAGCAAAUAAAGCACCGUAUUUUGUGAUUCUCUCCCUUCACGAAGCUACAUGAGCCUUGCCACUUCCUCCUCUUCCUAAUUCCAGUACUUGAUAGUACAGUGAAAAGCAUUUGCCUACCCAAAAACAUAGGACUUUUACACUGGUGAUGAUACUUGGAGAUGUGAAAGCCAAAAGCCCCUGGCAGUGGUGGGGAAUGCUGACUGUGUGUUCAGUAGAGUUUAUUUUUCCAUACUAUAUGAAGAGAAUGAUCUCUUCUUAAAGCAGAAGUAAUAUUUUUAACAAAUAUUGUCUCGCAAGUAAAUAGCAAUCAAAAGGAGAAAAUAACUUUUGUAUUUUUUUAACGUGUUUGAUAGCUUUGACGAGGGGAAGGCACCCCAUGAAAUGCCAUGCCAUCAGUCCAGGUUUGAGUUUGUCCCACAAAAAUGCAGACGGAGUACUGCAUGGCUGUCUUUUUGGGUUGUGAACUUUGGGUUGUGAACUUGGCCCGGAAUCAACCUCUCUACCACCUUCCAAAAGUAGACAGGUGAGUGGUGAAGGUGUUGGGAGAGGAUGUUCUCCAAAGAUUAUCUGCCACAAAAUGGAGUGAGGACCUAGAUUUGUUCUUCCUGAGAGGAGCCUUGACUUAAAUCCAUCCACAAAAUUGGUGGCACCACUGACAUGCUAAUAGUGAGAUUCUUCAUUUCCUGUCAGACCUGGGGCAGCGGAAGUGAGGAGAAGGAACUCAGUCAAGGACUGUAGAAAAUGGACUCCAAUUUGUUAGCAACAAAAUCCCUUAAUUCUUGCAGCCAGCAGCAGCUAUUUUGGGGAGCAGCUGUGGUUGUUACAUAAAUAGAGACGCAGCCAAAAUGUAAGGCUUUUUAUCCUGCUUCAAGCAGAAAAAUGCAGGGAGGUCAAGUAGUCUAGGAUUUUUAGUUCCCUCCCCCUGUAUGGUUUUUGGCCAAGUGAUGAAAAUAGUUUUCCUUGAACUAUAAACAAACUGCUAAGCCCCACCUCAAACUUGUUUACUGGGGACUUUGUUCUGUUAUGUGGAUGACCUUUUCCUGGAAGUCAUGUUUUUAUCAAGCGAGAAUGAAGCAAAUGUUAAUGUCUUCCAUUUGACUAUUCGUUGUCUCAGACGGUGUCUUCCAGGCAGUCACCAUCCUCUACCCAGAGAUGAAACGUGCUCACAGCAUUUUCCUCACAGUCACAUUUAACAUUUUGACUUUCACAGACCCACACGUUUCUUGGGACCUGACUUUUGAGUGUUUAAUAAAACCAUAAGUGUUAUUCCCGUAAACCAGCGGCUUUUCACCUGGAGUUCUGUCCCCUGUGUUUAACACUGGAUACAUCUUGCUGUGCAAAAGUGAUUUCCUCUUCAGACGCAUUGGUAUCUCUAGGAACAGGUCUGAAUAGUGGGGUGAUUGAGUGGGUUGGCAUGAAGUGCUUGAUUAUAUUAACAACACUCAAAACUGUCUGUUUUCCAUUUGUUGGUUUUAAUCAUAAAAUUGUCAAGUGGUUCGUGUUUGUACUUUUUUUAUACUUUUUGAAAGAAUCUGGAGCAAAAAUAUUUUCCCCUUUUCUCUCUCUGUGUAUCCAAACACUAAGCAGAUUGCCUGAGAUGCAGUGAAAAGAAUAAUCCAGUGUACAUACUGGUACCUUCUGCUAGUUGUCACCUCUGUAGGACACUGUUGAAAGGGGGGAAGGCGGGCAAUAGUUUGGUGAGUGGAGGCAGCAAAAUACAAAGAAAUAGACUUAAGAAACAGUCAGCAGAGAGGCUUACUAUGCUGACUGUGUGCCAGGGUGAUUGGAAAUCCAACUGCCUGGUGGCCGGUGGGUGGGGCUGAGCUGCCAGCAAGAUUUACAGCUGGAUUGCAUAUGUCUUAUGUACUUCUAGUGGUAGAGUUGUAAAAGCUGAGCCGUGUGUGCACAGCUUUCUUUUGGUUGGCAGAGAUUCAGGAUCAUGGAGUUCUGCACUCACAAUGCAAUACAUAUUCCUUCCUGGCAGACAAGCUUAAAAGAGGCUUUCACCUUCGCAAUUCCUUUUACCCCAGGCUUAUGCAGUGAGCACAGAAUGGUGCUGUGGGUCUAUUUAGGGACCAAGAAGCCACAAAGUCCAGUGACAGAAAACUAGGUCAACCCUCAGAAACUGGUAGCACACAGCAGCCUGGUGGGCAGCAGGGCUCUCCCUGUGUACUGUGCCUGUGAUCUGAGCCUGCCCUUGGAUGAUUCAAGUAUGAAAUGACCUGACCCAAAAGUGGCCUUGGUUCUUAAGCCCUUUGCCCUAGCACCCACCUGCUCCCUGGUGUAAAUCGAAAAGGCACCUCUGUGUCACAGAUACACCCACCCAUCGGAAAUGACCAGGCCAGCAAGCUGACAGUCCUAGCAGCAAGCCCAGAGAUGACGGAACUCACUUUGUGUUCCCAGUUGAUGUCACCCAAUUUUGAGUUAUAACUCUGUCUUCCUCCCAAACUCGUCGCCACUUUUUUUCUUUGAAGGCAGCGUUCUUCAGAAAGCCUGCUUAAAAAGGAAAGUAUACCUCUUAUGAAUUUUACCUCAGUAGCCUGCGAUGUAGGUUGGCCUAUUGAUUAUAAGUCUUGCUUACCCAUUAGGCAUGAAUUUAGAAGUGUUCUCCAUUUCUUACUCAUACGAAAUUUGGCUAAAUGUGUUGGGUUUGUAGGAAGAAAAAUUAAUUCUUAAUCCAGGAAAAUACUGACUCACAAUCUUGGACUCCGAGACUCUAAUAUUUUCUUAAUAAAGAGCAAAACAACUAGUAUCUAAGGUUCUCUACCCCUCCCUUUAAAAAGAAAAAAGAAAAGUGUUAGAUUACACUCUGUAAUUUUACAUAAAAUCUACUUCCCAUGCUUUCCCCCAGAAGGCAUUCGCAGAGCUUUAUUUCUUUGCACUGCUUAGAAAUGGUCUUUUUGUUAAGUUACUUAAAACCUCAAAAGGAAAAAAAAAAAAAAGGGCGUGGUUGGUAAGUAGGGAGUAUAUAUUUAACAGCAUAUGAAAAGAUGGCCCAAAGCAGGAACUUUGGCUUCCAGAUGUCAUGGGUGGGUUACUGGACCCAGUGUGCCUAUCUAUACAAAGUUGGAUAAGGCAAUUGGCUUUCACACUGCAAAUGCCAUGCCAUAAAUCUGGAAUUUCAUAAACAAGGUCUGUGAAUUGCCUUCUGCCAAUGAAUGGGUGUGGUUUUGAAGGGAAAGAAAAGGCCUUUGACUUCAGAAGUCCCCUCUUUGUAUGUCUCCGGAAAAGAGUCACAAAGCUGUGGUACAAAAUGCGAUUUGUGGAUGAAUAUAUUUACCUUUGUGACAACAUCAGGACUUAAUAUUGAUGCCACAAUUUUAAGAAAACUGUCACAGUUUACCUGGGGAUCAAAUCUAAUCUUGGAAGAAACAGGGGAAACCAAUUGAUGUUUAUUAUUUGUACUCUGUGCCAGCUACUGUGCAAGGCAGUUUAUAAUUGUUUUAUGUAAUCCUCACAAUCGAUCUACAAAGUGGAUUAUUACCCCUGUGUUCUAAAUAGCAUAUAUCGUAAGUGUUGAAUGCAUGUAUCCAACAAAAAACAUCGCUGUAGAAAAAAGGAAAGAUGCCAUUCAAGUAUUUUCUAAAUUUUUAUUGUUAUUAUUAUUACCAUGCCCCUUGCAACACUGUGAAAACACCUCUGGGGCAGCUAUCAGGUUCUCUUCUUGGCUCCUCUUCAUUUUCCUUUAGGGAGCAUUUUAUCUGAUGAACUGCUCACACACCAGGAGAGGCUGUAAGAGGACUUGUGUGCUCAGAGAGAAAAGGCUCCACCCUUGGAACCUUUCAGUAUGGAGAGAGAAACCAGGUACUUCUACAGUGAGAUACCAGAUCAGGCUGUUGGUGGGGAUGAUUUCUUGCCAGCAUUCUCAAGGUUCAUGGUUUCAACACAAGCUGCAUCUUUGUAAGGUUAAAAUCCUCAACCUUGAAGCAAAGCUGAGAGAAUCUGAUCUCUGGAAAUUGAGGGCAGGACUUAGACCUUUAACCUCUUUUAAAAUCCUUUCUUGUGGUUUAGAACAGGAUAAUUCAUUUUGAUCAUUAGUCGAAAGAUCUGUAUUUUUGUGGGCUCAUUUGAGCACCAAAACUAAAUAGAAAUCUCUUUCAAGACCUUAAAAUUUUUUGCAUAGUAAUGUAGUGACUUUGCUAGUCAUUUAAAUAACUUGAUCCAAGAUCAGAAGAACCCAGAAACUCCCCAGAGUUUCUCUCCUUGCUUCUUAAGGCAUAUUGUGUAGAAAAAAAAAAAUGAUUCGUAUCUCCAUAGCAACUGUUUAAGGAGCUGCCUGGAAGGGACCCACAUCCACCCUCAUUUACUCAGCUUGAAAGAAUCAAAAAAAAAAAAAAAUUGAAUAGAGGUGGUAAUAUGUUCGUUUUCCCUAUGAAAUCUGUUCCCAAGAUCAUGAUUAUUUCUAACCUGACAGCUGCCAAACUCCUUGAAGAUGAUGUAGGUAAUGACUCUUACCUCUUGGAAGCCAGAACAAUUAUUCUAAUUCAGGAAGACUUCCCCAAGCUGAAGGGCCCAUUCAGAUAUUAUCUACCCUCCAAACCCUGAAUUCACUCUUCUUCCUCUCCUAACAGUUAUUUUUAGACCAAGGUUUUGAACUCCAUUAAGUCUUAGAGUACCAAGAACACCAUUAACUCAGCCAGACUGCCUUAGGUGCCCCAGAGUUGAAAAUAGCUUUAAAACUUAGGGGGCCACUUGACUCAGAGUCAGAAGUAAGAGAACAGCCCAGUGGCCUGGCAUGCCAGUCCAGCCUUCGGGAAUCUCUUUCUUGACAGGCAAGUGAGCAAAGGAAGUUUGGCAAAAGAUUUCAUGCCAGAUUUUCCAUUCAAAGAUGUAAGUAAAAUUACUAUUUAUUUUCCUGAACCAGGCAGCUGAAUUGUUAUGACUACAAAUUUGGGUCAGUUUUCCUAACAUACAUACACACACAUGCACAAAGAUGAGUGAAUAAAGAGAAUAUAAAUACUUUAUCACCAACAGACUUGAAGAAAGGGUUGUAUUUUGCCUUUCUUCAAACUCCAAAAUAAUGUCCAGCAAAGAAUCAGUAUAACUAUAUUAAUACCACAAGAGGAAGAACCAGUGAUUGCUCUUGCAAAAGUUAGGCUCAAGUGGGAGCACUGAGUUCUGCUGCUGCUCUUGCCAGCACAAGUCCUUUCUGUACCAGAUGUUCACAUCUGUUUGACUCCUCUGGGACUAUUGCUGGCUUGUGUCCUUUUGGGGCUCAUGUCCUUUUUCAGCCCACAAUGCAUAAAGGACACAUCCCUGAGGUACACGCCAGGUCCAGCCACAUACAGCCAUGGUGUUGUUCACACACUCCUCCACUCACUCACGUGGCCUAGACUGGCAUUUCAGCAACUCCCCUGGGAUACUUUGACACCAGUGCAUGGAACUGGGCUCCUUUAAUCUAGGUUGUCCCGGGCGUAGCAUUUUAGCAUUCCCCCUCGCAGUCUCGAGGACUCAGUUGAACAACCAUUGAUGGACACCCCGUCCACUUUAGGCACUGAGCUAACCUUCAGCAAUACACAGUUGAACCAAACAUAGCUCCCACCUUCAUUGGGGAGCCUACCAGCAGUGGGGAGACAGCCCAGAAGGGCCCCUGUAGGGAAGGGUCCUGGGUGCUGUGGUGGGAGCAUUUUGCAGAGGUAGCCGGCCCACUUUGGGAAUCAGAGGUCUCCAGAAGGCAGUGCCAUCAAAGCCCACCUUUGUCAGAGAACAGGGUAUUUCGAACUGCCCUUCCACGGUAAUGGGACAGCAGGCAAAGUGAGCGCUGCAGGUCAGGGGCUGGGGCUCAGAAGUGAAAAGAGAUCAAGGGGCAAGGACAGGGCUGUGAGCUAAAGCAGCCACAGAGAAACCUGAGGUUUUUCCAUGGAUUCAGGAAGCACAGAGAUGAACUUCAGGUGCUGCUCUGCCCGAUACAGCCCACGGCAUGGGUCCCUCAGGCCUGUGUGUACUCAGGCAUGGGUCCCUCAGGGCCAGAAUUGCCCUCCUCUCUGGGAAUACAUGGUAGCUUGCUGAAAUAACUUACUCUCCUGUCUUCUGUCCCUGCCCCAUUCCUGCUCUGAUUCCUGUCUCCAAAAGAUGUUUGAAUUCAAGGGAUUUAGCCCAGACUGAAUGUGGUUUGGAGUCAGAUGGGGGACAGUUCUGGGUCAUCCUGACCUGACUUUAGAGACAUGAUACCUAAAAAUACCUCCUGAGACCAAGCUGGCCUGUACCCGGAGAUGAGGGUGCACUCUAAAGUAAACACACAGGAAGUGGCAGAGGGCUUCCUUGUGCAGUAUGACAUGCUCACCAAAGGCAGCCACCCUCACACUGCCCUCCCCUGGGUGAGAUUACAUCACCCGGUGCCCGGUCCUGAGUGCAUACCUGUGCCAAGGAAAAGGGACAUUUAAAACUCAAAAGCACGGGUGAAGUGUACACAAGUGGGAAAUACCCACAGCCUCAGUAGUUACUGAGGACCUCAGGAGUACUAUCAGAGCUCUGCUAGGGUGAGUCAGGGAAGGCACCAAGACACUAGAACCCCCCUAUAAAAAUAAUUUGCAGUGCCUUUUAGGUUUUCCAAAGAACAGAGUAGGUGUUUUCUCUGUUUGUUUCUGUUUUUUGUUUGUCAUUUUGUUUUGUUUGUUUUUUGUUUUCCCAGGGAAAAUAAAAAGCUUUUAGGCAGAAGCAGAAUUAGAUGCAUCAGCAUACAGGCUGUAAGUCGGCUCAAAAGGAAACAGUUCCCCUGAUAGGUUAGAGGAAUUCAGGACUGGGGCAGUUUUCCCAGCUGAGGGCUCUGGACGUCUGCUGGGGGUCCCAAGUGGGCCUUGCUGCUCUUUAGAGCUGACCUCUUUUGAAAAGCCCUGAACCUGCCCUCCUGGGCAGCAGCACUGGUCUUCCCCACCCUCUGAAUGGUUUCCAACCCACACCCUUUCAUUUCCCAGAUAGUCCUCUGACUCCUCACUGAAAAGUUAAUUCUGGGUCUUAUGAUUCUUACUCAAGUAUGUCCAGCCCAAGGUCUAGGCAUAAAUAUUAGAAUCCUGCAAAAAUAUUAGAAUGCUGGAAACCAAGAGAAUAUUUGGCCUCACCUAUCCACUUUAAAUUUAGGACACCAUCUUCCUGUUUUCUGCCCUGGCACACUUCCCCACUCACCUUCAUCUCAUUGCCAGGAAAGGAUCAAAUUACCUCCAUGCCAGUUGUCACUGGCUGAUUAUUUGCAGCUCUUCCUGAAGUAUUUGUGCGUUAUUUAGGAAUCUGGCCUUACAUUCAAAGCAUAACUAGCAGCAAGACAAGGAGUCAUCAGGUCUUCCUAGGGUCUGGCAGGUAUCCUGGACCUUGCUCUUCUGAGCACCUGCAAAUGCAUUGUGAUCAGCAAGAGAGCCCUGCAGUGCAGCCUCUCUCCACCCUGCUGUGCGUGAACUCUAAAGCAGUGGGCGCCCAUCUGUUUCCACUGCACACGGCUAUCAGCAAACCGUUGUGAGAUGCACCCUCCUGGAUACUCAUUGAUUUGUUUAAAGCAUAGAUCCGUUUAAUUUUAUAGUAACCUUAAGCACAUUAUAAAAAGUACACAGCAUAGAAAUGUUAAAUGACUGAGAUCCAAGCCAUUAUAAACAAGUUCUGUCAUUUUCUCUCUGAACUCCUGAGAGCAACUUUGAGUAUCUCCUGGUCUGUGCAAACACUUUGAACACCACUGCUGUACAAAUCAGCACGCCUCGAUGGCAUCCCCAACCACUGUGUGGCCCUGGGCCUGUGGAGUAAGAAAAUCCUAAGACAAAAAUCCCAGGGAACUUCUAAGCUGGGAAAUGAGGCAAAUGAACUCACAGCAUAAUUGAAUCCUGGCAGGUGAGCUGUCCCAAGACAGUAGCGGCUAGAGGUGCUAAGAACAGGUCAGGUCCAUAUACACAGCCAUGGGAUUGUUCUUCCCUCUCUGGGUCUCCAGAAAAGGGCAUUGGCAACAUCCCCAGCUCUCUCCUGAUUGGAAUUCUAUGAACCCUCGAAGUGCUUCACCAGUGCUACUCCCCAUGGCACCAUGGACCCGUGUGGCUUGAAUAUUUUUGAUUUGACCACCAAGAUGUUAUACUGAUGAUUCUGUUCCAUUUUGAAAAGGAUCUGAGAAAGUGUACAGGUCUAAUUAUAUAUACAUAUUUAUACAUGUGUAUUUUUGUUUAUUGUUACAUUUUGACAUUGGACUUUCUAUUAAAUAAUUUUUAACAGUU